AUGGGCGGGGCAUCUUCGCCGCGUCCGGCUGCGCCCAGUCGCGGGCGGGAGGCGGUGGCGGCGGCGGCGGCGGGGCCUGAACAGCGCGGGGAUUGGCUGCGGAGGGCGGAGACGUCAGGCUCCCGCGGCCGGAGCUGCGGCCCCGGCUCGGCGCGGCGCAGCGCAGUCCGCUUGAGCGCUCACCGCAGCGAGAAGGUUUCCUGUGCCGUCGCGCCUUCCGCCGCCGCCGCCGCCGCCGCCGGGCUUCGCCGCUAG